UCCCUCCCUCCUCUCUUCUCCCCUAGCCGAAGCCAAACCCUCCCUCACCUCGACACGGUGUCUCCAGCGCAUCCCGGGUUCCUGCUUCACCCUCCCACCUCACUGGCCGCAUCUAAUCAAUUCAGUAGCCAAUUCGUCCAAAUUAAGCCCGAAACCUCAUCAUGACCUCGGCGCGAGGAGCAGCGAGGAUGCCUCCACCAGAAACAUGUUAAUAACGCCAACUUGAAAAGCCAGACUCCAGUGAGAGAGAGAGAUGAAAGGAAUUCUGCCCAGAGGCCGAGAAGGGUGCUCAGUCCUCGGUGUUUCUCACUCCCUGAGUUGCCAUGCUUUAUUUCGUAAGCUUGAAGAGAGGAGGAGACUGACAGUGGAUCUGGCCCAAGCCACCAGUCCCCAGACACUGUGUGCCACAGAGACAGAUGCAGCUCUCGGCUGAAUGUCAUUUCCUCAUUAUGGCUCUAACAGACCAGAGAUGGUCUGGUGUGUGUGUGUGUGUGUGUCCUCUUGUGUAGCGGUUGUAAUGCCCGAUUGAUUUUCACUUUCUCUCUGUGAGGCAAAUACACAUUUUUCACACCCUGAAACAAAAAAAAAGACAUGACAGUAAGUAGAGUGCAUCACUUGAAUACAAGUGCGCUCACUGUUUGGUUUUUAAAAGGUGAGCACUUUCUCAGAAUAUCACACUUUGUACCAGAAGAAAGUAUCUGUUUAUGAUUCUCAUUUCACCCCCUCUUCUGUAACCACUUCAACCUUCUUCUCUCCUCUGUGUCCUCCUCAUUUCCUCUCUUCUCUGUGCUUCUCUUCACAAUUAAGGCUACUUCUCUUCUGCGUCCUUCCCCUCCUCUUCUUUCCCUCUGCAGAUAAUCCCAUGGGCCAUAGCAGAAAGUCGCCGGCAGAGUGGAGAUGUUCAGAAAGAGGCCUCCUCCAGAGGAGGAGAGAAGGGUCCGAGCCAAUGACAGAGAGUACAACGAAAAGUUUCAAUAUGCGAGUAACUGCAUUAUGACAUCCAAGUACAACAUCAUCACCUUUCUACCCGUCAACUUGUUUGAACAGUUCCAGGAAGUAGCCAACACCUACUUCCUUUUCCUGCUCAUACUGCAGUUAAUACCUCAGAUCUCCUCCCUCUCCUGGUUCACUACCAUCGUGCCUUUAGCUCUGGUGCUGAGCAUCACUGCAGUAAAGGAUGCCACAGAUGACUAUUUUCGUCACAAGAGUGAUAACCAAGUGAACAACCGCCAGUCUCAGGUCCUCAUCCGUGGCUCGCUACAGAAUGAAAAGUGGAUGAACGUUCGAGUGGGUGAUAUCAUUAAACUGGAAAACAACCAGUUUGUGGCAGCUGACCUGCUCCUGUUGUCCAGCAGUGAACCUCACGGGCUCUGUUACAUCGAGACAGCCGAGCUGGACGGAGAGACCAAUAUGAAGGUGCGUCAGUCUGUCUCAGUGACAUCUGAACUCGGAGACCAAAACAACUUGGCUUCGUUCGACGGUGAGGUUGUGUGUGAGCCCCCCAACAACAAGCUGGAUCGUUUCUGUGGGACUCUGUACUGGCGAGACAAGAAAUACACCUUGACCAACCAGAACAUGCUGCUACGAGGAUGUGUCCUCCGCAACACGGAGGCCUGCUACGGCCUGGUCAUCUUCGCAGGCCCAGAUACCAAGCUAAUGCAGAACAGCGGUCGCACCAAGUUUAAGCGUACAAGCAUCGAUCGUCUGAUGAACACUCUGGUCCUCUGGAUCUUUGGCUUCCUGGUGUGUAUGGGUGUGAUCCUGGCUGUGGGUAACGCAGUGUGGGAGAGAGAGGUGGGCUCCCUGUUCCAGAGUUAUCUGCCCUGGGACCCUCCUGUAGACAACUUCCUGUUUUCUGCCUUCCUCUCUUUCUGGUCCUACGUCAUCAUUCUCAACACCGUGGUGCCUAUCUCUCUGUAUGUCAGUGUGGAGGUGAUCAGGCUGGGGCACAGCUACUUCAUUAACUGGGACCAGCAGAUGUUCUGCUCACAGUGCAACACAGCAGCUGAGGCCAGGACCACCACUCUGAAUGAGGAACUGGGCCAGGUUGAAUACAUCUUCAGUGACAAGACUGGAACUCUCACUCAGAACAUCAUGAGCUUCAAUAAGUGCUCCAUCAAUGGACAGACUUACGGUGAAGUAACAGACCCGUUGAGACCUCAGCUGAAGAGAUUGGACUUCACUCCCUUCAACCCCCUGGCGGACCCGGACUUCCGUUUCUAUGACGACACCCUGCUGGAAUCAGUGAAAGUGGGAGACUCACACACUCACGAGUUUUUCCGCCUGCUCUCCCUCUGUCACACUGUCAUGAGUGAGGAGAAGAGCGAGGGAGAGCUGGUAUAUAAGGCUCAGUCUCCAGACGAGGGCGCUCUAGUGACAGCAGCUCGAAACUUUGGUUUUGUGUUUCGCUCCCGAACACCUGGGACGAUAACCACCACAGAGAUGGGACGACCUGUCACCUACACUCUGCUCGCCAUACUGGACUUCAACAACAUACGCAAGAGGAUGUCUGUUAUAGUGCGUAACCAAGAGGGCAGGAUCCGUCUGUACUGUAAAGGCGCUGACACUGUCCUGCUAGAGAGACUCCACCCCUGUAACCAGGAGCUGAUGAAUAUCACCUCAGACCACCUCAAUGAGUAUGCAGCAGAUGGUUUGCGGACGCUGGCGCUGGCCUACAGAGACCUGUCAGAGGACGAGUGGGAGGCAUGGUCAGAGAGCCACCGCUGCGCUGACAAGGCCACCAACUGCAGAGAGGACCGACUGGCAGCCGCUUAUGAGGAGAUAGAACAAGACAUGAUGCUCCUUGGUGCCUCAGCUAUAGAGGACAAGUUGCAGGAAGGCGUCCCAGAGACCAUCGCUGUCCUCUCUCUGGCUAACAUUAAGAUCUGGGUUCUCACUGGAGACAAGCAGGAGACGGCUGUCAAUAUAGGUUACUCCUGCAAGAUGCUGAAAGACGAUAUGACAGAAGUGUUCAUCAUCAGUGGACACACUGUCCAGAGCGUACGGCAGGAGCUCAGGAGGGCAAGGGAAAGGAUGAUCGAGCUGUCACGAACCAGAGAUGGAGGGAAGGAGGAGGCGAUGGAGGGAUGGGGAGAGGCAUGUUUCAUGGGUAACGGGUUCAGAGAAGGACAAGAAGGAGAUGGUACAGGAGGAGGAGGAGGAGGGAAACAGCUGCAGUGCCCACCUCCGCCUCCUCCACCUCCCUCCAACCUCAUGGACAACAUCUCUGGAGAGUUUGCCCUUGUAAUCAACGGUCACAGUCUGGCCCAUGCACUAGAAGCAGACAUGGAGACGGAGUUUGUGUCGACAGCGUGUGCGUGCAAAGCAGUGAUCUGCUGCAGAGUCACCCCGCUGCAAAAAGCUCAGGUGGUUGAGCUCAUCAAGAAACACAAGAAGGCUGUCACUCUGGCUAUAGGAGAUGGAGCUAACGACGUUAGCAUGAUCAAAAGUGCUCAUAUCGGAGUUGGUAUCUCAGGUCAGGAGGGGAUCCAGGCCGUGCUGGCCAGUGACUACUCCUUCUCCCAGUUCCGCUUCCUGCAGCGCCUCCUGCUGGUGCACGGCCGCUGGUCCUACCUGCGCAUGUGCCGUUUCCUCUGCUACUUCUUCUAUAAGAACUUUGCCUUCACCAUGGUGCACUUCUGGUUCGGCUUCUUCUGUGGCUUCUCUGCACAGACGGUGUAUGAUCAGUACUUCAUCACUCUCUACAACAUUGUGUACACCUCCCUCCCUGUGCUGGCCAUGGGGAUAUUUGACCAGGAUGUUCCUGACCAGAGGAGUCUGGAGUAUCCUAAACUGUAUGAGCCUGGACAGCUCAACCUCCUCUUCAACAAGAGAGAAUUCUUCAUCUGCAUCGCCCAGGGCAUCUACACAUCAGUGGUGCUGUUUUUUGUCCCCUGUGCUAUCCUGUCCGACGCGACUCAGAGCACCGGAGUGCCCCUCGCUGACUACCAGACGUUCGCGGUCACCACGGCAACAGCCCUAGUCAUUGUGGUCAGCGUACAGAUCGCUCUUGACACAGGCUUCUGGACAGUUAUCAACCAUGUGUGUGUGUGGGGCUCUCUGGGCUCCUACUUCACCAUCAUGUUCGCUCUGCACAGUCAGACCCUCUUCAGGAUCUUUCCCAAUCAGUUCCACUUUGUAGGUAGUGCCCAGAGCACACUAUUGCAACCAGUUGUGUGGUUAACUAUUGCACUGGCAACAGCAAUAUGCAUAGUUCCAGUUUUGGCAUUCCGCUUCCUCAAGGUGGACCUCAAACCUCAGCUCUCAGACACGGUGCGCUACACUCAGCUGAUGCGGCAGAAGAAGCGAAAGCCGGUAGGUCGUAGCGUGGGAAGUGCCUGGCGUGGGGUAGGCAGUGUGUCAGAGGGCCGUCUGGGCGCUCGUGGCGGUUCCAGAAGGUCAGGCUACGCCUUUGCCCACCAGGAGGGAUUUGGAGAGCUGAUCACCUCAGGGAAGAACAUGAGGCUCUCAUCGCUGGCCCUGGCCAACUUUGCCUCUAGACAUAGCUCCAGCUGGAUUGACACACUCCGCAGGAAGAAGCAUACUCACACUCACACUCCUCCCAGCGCCUCCGGGGAGUGUAGCCCAGCGCCCAGUUUUGUCUCUGGGUCAGUUCCGCCGCUCUCAAACUCCUCCUCCUCUGUUCUGGGCGGCUCACAAGAUACACCCAUUGAGGAGGAAACAGCCACAGCGCCAGGCCAAAUGACACAGACUGCUCUCACUUCAUGCACACAAACCCCGCCAGCUUUAGCACCAGCUUCAGAAGCAGCUGCACCUCAAGGUUCAGCCCAGGCCCUCAAUGCUGGCGUCCUCACCCUCACAGCAGUGAGGUCUCAUGGGGGAGACUCACCUGGAGGCUGGACGAUCACGCUGGGGACUGUGCAGGAAGCUCUGUUUGGCUGGAAGGCUCGUGCCACUGCAUCCAACAGCCCAGGCCCGCCCUCUGUUGCCGAGGAAACCAGCCACAUUGAGUGAAACAUUUAGAAUAAAUGGAGGAAUAACUUGUUCACUGUUGUCCAUCACGUUUGCACACACAUACAGCAUGUGUUGUGUGCUUUGCUGGAGAGACACUGUGAGCACACAGACUGUUACCCACACGAUACUCUUCUCUCUGUUUCCCAACUAAAACUUCUAGAAUAAAUCAAAUAAAUAAAAAAUCAUAGGAAAGAAGUGGCACAUCCUAAUGACAUGGAUCACGCCAAAUAUGAAUUGGGAUUUAAUGGUGAUAUACUCGUUCUCACGGCAUAUGAUAACUGUGUUCAUGAAUUACUGAUAGAACAUCAUUUACCAUAUAUAACUGAAGCAAAGGAACUGGUGUAUAAACAAAUGCCAAGAUCACUUAGUAUUAAUGAUCUAAACGAAUGUUUCCACUUCCUCACUCACAACCAAGUCACACAGCAUCUCUCUAACCAAAUCAACAAUUGGUUGAAUGAAUGAGCAGAAUAACUUUCAACCAAUGAAGUGCAGGCAUUAUUAUCUGUAAAAGUGUUUUUGUCAAAAAAUAUCCUCAAGCCUCUGUGUUCUCUAUAGUUCUCAGUGAGAACGGUACUUUAAGUUACAGAACACUGCAAGACUGUUGCAAGACUUGUGUCCCUUUUCUCUCACUGAUCUGUUUUCUUACUUGUUACUUGUUGUUAUACCUCUAACUUACAUGUUUUCCUUUCUUUUUUUGCAUCAUAUUGAUGUGUUUUAUAAUGGCCUAGUUGAGUUGCACCUUAAAGCAAGCUCUCAGUGCUUUUUCUCCUCUUUGCAAGUUUUUUUUUGGGGGGGGGGGUCUGACAAAAGGCCAGAUCAUGUUAAUGUACCGCUGAUGUAAUGUCUCGUACCACCACAGUCUGAAAAACAGACAAACUGCCACUGGCUUACUUUAGGUUAGACCUGGGCAAAGUGCAAACCAAAAAGGCAGAAAUGGACAUUUAAAGGUGGUUUAUCGAAUCUUCAAUCAUACGUGUUGUCAUUUUGUGAGAACAGUUCAUACUGUAUACUGUACACUUCAGUAAAGUGAUUUUUUAUUUGUCAAUGAAUAAAGUUUGAAGGUGUUUGGGGAUAAUCAUGCCUUAACAAUGCCAAAAUAUUAGUCCUCUAAACUCUUUCUGGUUCCUAAUCCAUCGAUCAAGUACAGCAUCCCAUCUGUGUUGCAAAUUGUCAAAUACUGAACCGUGACCCGGAUUGGGGUGAGAUAAUAAUUAAGUAGGGUAACCAGAGGAACGAUACAAACCCGCUUUUGGAUCUGUGCCAGUUCUACAGUCUUCAACAAAGCAGCUCUUCGACUGAAAACACAACAGAAAGCUAACAUGAUCUGGAAAAUGAAUGUACUGUACAGCAUCUGGCCCCAUGAAUUGUUUAAGCAUGGGUCAGCUCUUAGGGUGGAAUAUGGAGCUGUUGAAUGGUGGUCAAUAAACAUCUCGUCUCUCUUUCACACUAGAGAAACA